AUGGCUUUAAAGGUUGAGACUAUCCUUCUUGUCAUCGUUUUUGGUGCAAUUAUUUUGGAAGACAAUCUGAAAAUUAUUGAUGCUUGCCCCCAAUUUUGCUAUGGUGAUUCUGCAUACAUGAUUUGUCCUUCUUCAGGAAACCAACACCUCAGUCCUGGAUGCAACUGUUGUUUUGCAUCAACUGGCUGUACAAUUUACAAAGCAGAUGGAACUUCUCUUUGUACUAAGAGUUGA